AUGGAGCCAACCCCCCCUCCAGAAGACGUGGAUAUGGACUUCUUUGCAGAUGAUAGCUCUAUCUCUUACGCACCACCCGCUCACCUGGCUGAACGCUUCUACCGCAAGUCUAACAGUCGUCGAAAAUCUUCUGCACACUCCUCACGCCGAAAUUCGCUGUCGUCGCGACACUCCCAUCAGUCUGCCCUUUCCGCACAUGGCGGACCCUUUAGUACCCAUGUGGCACAGCAUCUUCGACGGGCAUCUAUAAUUGAAAGCAGGAAGGCCCGAUUAGCGGAUCGUGCCGCGCAUGCCGAACGCGUACGACUUCGAGCAGCUCUUGCCAAAGCCACCCCACGACCAUCCUAUCGUGAAGAGAGAGCCUUGGCUGCGCAGGCUACAAGGGAAAGGCUCCUAGCGGGAGUAGCAGCAAAGUGUGAAGAAGAGGUUCGGCGAGUCAAAAAAGUUGCCGAGGAGACCAGGGAGAAGAAAGCUGCCGAGCAAACUCGGCUGAAAGAGGAAAUGGCGGAAAAAUUUGCUGAAGCCGCAAGAAGAAGGUCAGCAUAUCAGCAAAGCUUACGACGGCCUCGAACCGCUUCGUUGCCUGCUGCCGAGGAGCCGGGGACAAACAAAGCUGAGUUCAAGACCUUCAACGAGGAUCUGGCCGCGGAAACCAUACAGAGAUCAUGGCGCAGCCGCCAGCGCAACAGAGGGAUUGCAGACUUCAAGGCUUUAGAUCUGACGCUUGAUCGAGUCAAGAAAAUGGCCUUUGAGGAUGUCGGCACACUUCUAUCGCAAGACAGCAUACUUGAUGCUACUGCUCGAGCACUUCAGGCACUGAAAUUGCUGCAGCUUGGAGGAGAGAGUGCAGGCGACCGAGGCUCUGUACGAAUCUUCCUUAGCAUCUUUCUGAUCCUAGGUCAUCCUACCCAAACCUUGAGCUUUGGUGGGAAAGAUGCUCAAGAACAGGAUUUGAUCGAGAAAGCAAAUGAGCUUCUGAAGGCAUUACAUUUGGCAUUAGAGCCUGUCCCUGAGACGAAUCUGCACGUUGCCGACGAAGCUCUGUCAUUCGCGUUCAACAAUUUCUGCACCACCUUCCAUGCUUGGAAAAGCCGUGACUCGAGCUCACUGGUUGAGAUCAUGGUUAAACAAUUUGUGGAGCUGGACCUCAUCCUCCAAAGCACCAAGGAAGACGUUGCUGGAGGCGUCUCUGAUGACUAUGCAGAAGCCAUCCACAACAACCAAAUCCAGCUUCUAGCAAGACUGAAGAAAUUUGCUGGACCCGAUACUGCUUUAGCAAUGAUCCGCAAAGCAGUCAAAAAGGCCAGAAAGCAGCGUCUUGAAAGAACGCGAAACGAUUCCGAGGAGAACGUUCCGCGAUCUACCUCAGGGUCGAGCCAGAGUCUCGAUUUGAAAGCCACUUCCGCAUCUGGAUUCAAUACCACAUUCCGUGCCAGCAAGAGUGUAUCCUCGCAACUGACCAGUCUUGGCCGAGCCAUGACCAUUCUGCCCUCGAACCGCGAACUUUCUCACGAAAUUCAAAUUAAUGGCACGUAUCAAGUUCAACAGCAACCAUGGACAGACUCGCGUGCCCAUUUCAUAGAUACCCUUCAGGCAAGCAUGCGUCGUUCCAUGGCCUCAGAGGGCGAUGCAGCUGCAGCUGGUUGGACAUAUGCUAUGGCGGCCUUCAUCCGAGAGAAGCUGUUCACCCUUAUCACGAAGCAACAUCCUGUUUAUGAUCGGCUUGAUGGAUUUCUAGACCUAAAGCUCAUUAAGCAGACUGCCCUAGCGGGCAUGUUCUCGUAUUCUGAGUUUUUUGACACCAUAGCUCACAUUAUCGGUCAAUUAUGCUCGCCCGGACGAGACCAAGCUGUCAAAGAAUUUGCAGCGGACACAGAGAGCGAUAUCAUCACCCGUCUCUUUGCGUUGAUCAAAAUCAUUGAUUUGAUGAGGCUGGACCACGUGAAUUUCCAAUUUGCGCUUGCAAGUCAGGGAGUCACGGAGCAUGGUUGGCAACAUGAGUGCGAGAUGUUCAAACAAGAUUUAGAGAAUGGUGUACAUACUUUAGACAACCUUAAAAGAUGGUGGACGACCAGCCGAGCUGGUCUGGCUGCCGCUAUCGUAAAUGGCAACUUGGAUGCAGUACCCGGUGAUGCAACAUAUGCACGGGGUUUAGUCGACCUGGUCAUAUCCAACACCUCAUCCAACUACGACACACUCCCCGAGACUCUACGUCUGGACUGGCGAAGGCUCCUCGCCCUGCGAGCCAAAGUAUUCAAGAUGGUCGCCACCUCCUCCAUCCUCCUUACCACCAAGAUCCGCCUAAAGCGAAACAGACAGGAAAGCUGGACCAGUGACGCAGACCGAAUCAUGAACCUCCUUGACUCCCCAGACGCCGCAAAUGUGACCGCAGAGCGCAUCCUCGCCGCCCUCGAAUCCAGCCGCCGCAUCCCCGACGCAAUCCGAGAAGGUCUCCUCAACUUCAUCGGUCGCAUCUUACCCUCCGCGCUUGCGGCUUCCAAUGAAGCCGAGGAAGCAGAAAACGCACACUCACGCGCCGUUCAGGAGGGGAGGCCUUAUGACCCUGCAUUAUCGUCACCACCCUCAUCUUCCCCUUCACGUUCUAGCGUGCCAGCUAUUGGGGAAGCAUCAUUCACCGAACAAAUCAGCACCUUCAUCCUCAAGUCCCUGCGCGAACACAUCUUUGCCCGUCUCUCGGCAGCCAGUACGGCGGAGAAGGUUCGCGCGAAUACUCAGGCGGCGGAGCAGCUGAGUAAGAUGGGGAUGGGUGAGUUCGUGGCGGGUGUGCGGGGGGUUGUGGAUCUGUUGGAGAGGGUCAGGAAGGUUGACUUGCGGUGUCAUGGAGGGUGGUAUGAGGAGGUGGGGAGGGAGUAG